AUGGCGGCCAGCUUUCCGAAUCACAUCGUCUCGUCCUUCGCUGGCACUCGAAGUUGCGUAGCGCAGGCUCCAGCCGUAAGGUCUCUGGGAGCAUCAGUUAGCUUCCCUCGAAGCCCUAGCUGCUGGUUCCUGCGGCGGCAAUUUCCGGGCCUCUCUUCGGAUCGCCGUUUCCCCAAGGCCUCCCUAAAAGUUUCAGAAUCCAAUGCGAGGGUGCGUCUCUCUCAUUCCUUGCUUUUUUGCUGUAUUUUGUAGUUUAGUAUAUGGGGAAGAGACGGAAGGGCACUCCCCCUGAAUCGUGUGUCACAUAACUAUCCACCCGGAAGAAGUGGAGUGGUGCAGAGUAUAGGCUUUUUUUUUUGGUGUUUCGUGCAGUAAGUCUAUGAGAUACACCGUUGCUACCAAUUUGGCUGUGGAAAUUACAUGUCGCGAUUUUUAUGAACUUCGUCAGACGUUUUCCCCCGUCCUGUUGUUUAAUUAGCAUUUUAUUUCUUUUUUUAAUGGUUUGGAAUCAGAUGUGUGGGGUAUUGCUUGAAGAUUUCAUACAAUAGAUCCAGUCUCCAACGACCAAGCAAUAUACCUUGAUUUUUAUAGGAUAAUAUAGGAUAAUUGAGGACAUGAAAUCGUGAUUAUAAGCAAGUAUUUGACAUUGAAUCCUUUUUUCAGCCGUCGCGUAACCUGCUAUUUGAUUGGGACUGGUAAAUAGAGUGGAAUCCUCAAACAUGUUAGUUUCUGACUUCUUUGCUGCCCUUCAGACAGUCAGUAUAGAUGAAGACAAUCUGGUACAGGGAGGCGAUUCUUCUAAAAAACGGGACCAGAAAGGUGAAGCUACUCUCAAGUUCCUCAUUCAGGCUUACAGGGAAGCGAUCCUGAGUGGUGACAUGGAGAGCAUAACCAGCAUAGAGCUUGAAAUUCAGGCUUUGGAAAAGAAGCGGGACGAAUUGGCUGGCCAGGUCAAAGAAAUGACAACAGAGAUUACAACGGGAAAGGAGAAGUUUCUUCGUUUGAAUGCUGAUUUUGAGAAUUUCAGGAAGCGUUCUGAGAAAGAUCGACUCAGUUUCACAUCUAAUAUCCAGAGAGAUGUAAUCGAGAGUCUCUUGCCGAUAGUUGACAGUUUUGAAAGAGCAAGACAGCAGCUGAAACCAGAAACGGAGAAGGAGAAAAAAAUAGAUACUAGUUACCAGGGAAUCUACAAGCAAUUCGUGGAGAUUUUGCGAAGCUUGCGUGUAGCUGUUGUACAGACUGUGGGCAGCCAAUUCGAUCCAUCGGUAAGCAAAAGUACAUUUUAUAGUUUAUUUUUAUUUGCCUCUCUUCUUCUCCUUUUUUUUUUUUUUUUUUUUUGGCCCGGUUCUCCUCUUGUUAAUUUUCAGCCAUGUUAAUGUCUCUGUUUUCCAGCAUAUGUUUACCUGUUUUUUUAGGCGACUAGACUCGUUUAAUGGAGGAAUUCCAUCAACCCCAUAAGUCUGCAACCCGUUGAUUGAGGUUUCAAAAAUUUAUUUCCUAGCCCUCUGGUUGUUCAAAUCUUGAUCCUGUGACAAAUACCCUCAUCCAAAUCCUCCGUUCCUGAUGCGUGGAGCCCUUUUCUAUAUAUGCGCAUGCAUGCACGCACCACAUUCGCACAUCAUACAGUUCCCCGUCACCAAGUGCAUAAAGCAAUAAAGUGAUCCGGAAUAAUGCAUCUGCUAUAAACAAGAUUUGACCGGUGGUAUGUUGUUUUUAUUAUUAUUAUUACAGCAAUUUCCUUUACCUGAUUCUUCGACAAUGAAGAUCCCUUCAUUCUUUUCUUUUUUUAUCUCCUGUUUUGGCCUUGUUUCCUUCUUGUUACGUCCAAAGAUCUCUAAGUUCAGCAGGUUGAUCAGUCUGUGGGCGAGCAUUUUGAUCAGUCUGUCUGGCAUUUAUAAUGCUUCUCAUGAAAAAAAAGUCAAGGUAGGAAACAAGGGAGAGGAUUUUCAGUAUCUCCCAUAAAGAAUAUGCGUACAGAGUUGAGAUACGCAUCAAGAAAGUGAAGCAAAGGUUCAUUGGGAGGGGAGGGGGGUGGUGAAUGCCUUCUCUAAAGCGGUAUGGGACUAUAAUUCCUCUCAAAUGGGGCCGGCAAGCGUCCCCAUUAUCUACAUCUCUAUCGGUGUCUGUAUGUUAAAUGCAAAAAUAUAGGCAUUAAUUAUGUUAUCGCGAAAGUUUUAAUUCUCCUUUUUUUUUUCUUUUUUUUUCUUUUCUUUUUUUUUUUUUUUUUGGCUUACCUUGUUCUGAUCGGUGGUAUAAUCCCCAUCCGGCUGACGCCCGUUUGUGUGAUUUUGGUGGCGAAGAUCCACGAGGCGGUAGGAAGAGUGGAGUCCCAGAAGUUCAAGGAGGGCGUCGUCGUGGAGGAGAUAUCUCGGGGGUUCGUCCUCGGCGACCGGGUCUUGAGGCCGGCCAAAGUCAGAGUCUCCGCCGGCGCUGGCACCGUUGCCGCUAACGAUGCCAACCCCGACGCCGAGGGCCCGACCGCAGAAGCCGCCUGGCCUGGUGAGGAUUCGCUCCCGGCCCAAUAGAAAACCACCUUCAUGGGAACCGUUUCUGGUUUCCGUGCCCAGUUUUGCCCUUUUCUGAUGCUCGAUUAUGGCAUCUCAAUUAUUCUCCUCUCUCUCUCUCUCACAUUGUUUCUCUCUCUAAUGCUGGGCGUGUAAUGCUAGAAUUCGGUCAUGAAGUCAGGGAGGAUUCGUUCUCAUGGGAAGAAGUAUGAGAUAGAGAUUCACCCUGGCUUCCUUCCAACCACUGUCUCUAUUAUUGUGUAGGUGAGAUGAUAAGCGAAAGCUUGGGGGGGGCCGUCUCGUCCUGGCUGUAGCUUGGGGACGAAGGAUAAGUCAGAUGCGGUAG